AUGUCUCAGCACGAUACCGCUCACGACGACGAGCACAAACCCGUAGACAACAAAAACACUUCGGUAGCUUCCGAUGGUGAACCUCCGGACGACUGCUGCGUUCCCAACGGAACUAACAUGCCGCAGGUUACGGAAAAUGACGAAUCAUUCGAGGAUGCCGUUGAUGCCGUCGACUCUGUCUCGGUACGGUCUCUGACCAAGAGAGCCGUCUCAAGCUCCAGACCUCCUGCUCCUGAAGAGCCACAUGAAGCCCAAACCACCGAUUCUACACCCGACCACGCUCAAGAACCCGAACCAGAAGCUGCAUUGGAAUCUGAUGUCAAGUCGCAUCGCGACUCUUCGCCCCUGCCUCGACGACUUUCUACCACUUCAGACCUUGACAACGUCAAUCUCGACGACGAGACCGCCCCCUCUGCCGACGAAGAACCGAAGGCGACCGAAGACGAGAAACCUGCCAAAACCUUGUCUCUCGGCAGUAUCACGAGCGCUCUGCCCUCCAUGCCCUGGUCUCCCUCUGCUGGUACAUCGCCUGCAAAGAGCCCUGGAGCAUCAUCUAUUGCCGCAACAGCGCCCCCUCCCACAACUACCGCAACGCAACCUCCACCACCGACAAGGAAACUUACCGGCGCCUUUUCGUGGCUCUCCCGAAACUCUUCCGGCAAAGACGCUGUGCCAACACAUCAGACCACACAACGACGGAACACUGCCAGCUCCGUUGGCACACUAACAAGCAAUCCCGAAAUGAUGCUCGGCAAGCUUGAAGAAGAAACCGAAAAUGGAAAGACGGAGUCUAGGAAAAGUCUCAAGGACAGAUUCAAGCUGCUUCGUCUACAGCAGGAGGCAGGAAUCCCCCCCCAUGCGCUAGAAGAUGACAAUGGUAUUAGCGGGGCUGGUCUCGGGUUGGCCCACGGCGACGCUGCAUCAACUACAAGCGAUCUCGCUUCACCUGGCCCAGUGCCGAUUCCCACUGUUGAUCUCGCACCUGGAACCGUAUCCGGGGUCAAUGCGGGCCCUUCCGCGAUGCCAGAGUUUCAAGUAGACUGGGACUUGUGGCAGUCAGUUGUCUAUGAGGGCCCAGCCGUUGUUGCUCGCACCAGUGCCGAAGAACUGAACCGCGCCAUCACGACCGGCAUUCCAAGUGCCAUCCGAGGUGUCAUCUGGCAAGUGCUGGCACAGAGCAAGAAUGCCGAGCUAGAGUCCGUUUACAAGGACUUGGUCGUCAAGGGCACAGACAAGGAGAAAAAACGUCACAGCAAUAGCACUGCUGCCAGCUUGUCCAGCAGUGGCACCAGUGCUCAGAAUGGAGAAGCUGUAAACUCAUCGGCAUCUUCAGUCAAAUCUGACCGCUCUGGUACAAAUGCCAGCAUGUCAUCCAAGGCAGAAAAGGCAAGCGAGCCAAGCCCAAAGGCACAGGCACUAGCAGCCGCUGAGCGUCAAAAGAAGGAAAAGGAAGAAGCCGCGGCCCUUCAGAAGCUGGAGAAAACCAUCCGACGCGAUCUUGGCGCUAGAACUAGUUACUCCAAGUAUGCUGCUUCAGCAGGUUUGCAGGAUGGCUUGUUUGGUGUUUGCAAAGCAUACGCUCUCUACGAUGAAGGCGUCGGCUAUGCGCAAGGCAUGAACUUUCUAAUCAUGCCCCUGCUAUUCAAUAUGCCGGAAGAGGAGGCCUUUUGCUUGCUCGUGCGCCUGAUGCACAAUUACGACCUUCGAGAACUCUUCAUCCAGGACAUGCCCGGCCUUCACAUGAGACUCUAUCAAUUCGAGCGCCUGCUGGAGGACGUUGAGCCAGCCUUGUACUGUCAUCUCAAGCGACGUGGCAUUUCUCCUCACCUUUACGCCACGCAAUGGUUCCUCACGCUUUUCGCCUACCGCUUUCCCUUGCAGCUUGUCCUCCGCAUCUACGAUCUGAUUCUCUCCGAAGGUCUCUCCGCUAUUUUGAGAUUUGGCAUUGUCUUGAUGCAAAAGAAUGCGAGUCUGUUACUCGGCAUCUCUGAUAUGCAGCAACUUACGACACAUCUCAAGGACAAAGUCUUUGAUGUGUACAUUGACAAAGAUCCUAGUGCGGGAAGCUUGCUAGAGAAUGGAUUUUUCGGUAGUUCAAGUUCAGGCAUGGAUAAGGAGGUUUACAGGGCCGAUCAGCUAGUCAAAGAUGCGUCCGAAGUCAAGAUCACACCCGAAACGCUCAAAAUGUACACUGCUGAGUGGGAAGAAAAGACGAAGACGGAAAAGGACCGCGAAGCAGAGCUCCAGGACCUCAAGAUGGCUAAUCAGAGCUAUGCGAUCCAAUUGCGCAAAUUGGAAGAAAGAAUCGAGGCAUGCGAUCGUGAGCAAGCCGAUCUUGCUACCGAGCUUGUGCACACAAAGGUCGAAAACCACGAGCUGAAAGAUGAAAAUGAAAGUCUCAAGGGCCAAGUUCAGGAGCUUCGAGUUGUGAUCGAGAAGCAACCACUCGAAAUCGAAGAAACCUGGAAGCUCGAAAGAGACAACCUCAUGAAGCGUAACGAAAACGUGCACGAAGAAAACAGGAAGCUAGAACAGGAAUUGGCAGAAUUGGAGGAGGUUCUUGUCAAGACCAAAUUGCAAUACGCCGAGAUCAAUUCUCAGCACGAGACGCUCAACAGAAAAUGGAGUGAUCUUAAACGGCAAUUCGCAUAA